AAAGUACCUCCGACCUUAUACUCUUCCUGUUUAUAUGGGCACCUUGAUAGAACUGUGAGGCAGCGAGGUGGUUUCAGCACGGCAAUUUCUUGUUGUGUUGCAGCCUCCGGCUCUGUCGUCUGCAUUUGAUUUGUGUGACAAGAUGCCCAAAUACUACGAGGACAAGGAAGAGGAUAACAGGGCGUGCGCGGGGCUCAGAGAGGACUUCAAGGCCUGUCUCCUCCAGCACGACUGCGUGCUCAAGGAGGGCAAGAAGCCGAGCGAGUGUGUGAAGGAAGGGCACUGCAGAGCGCUGCAGGUCUCCUUCUUCGAGUGCAAGAGGUCCAUGUUGGACACCAGGUCGCGAUUCCGGGGAAGAAAGGGCUACUGAUGCGGACCCCUCGGUACCAGAGAGAAAGCCCUUGGACUGGUGCUCAUUCAUUGUAAUUAAUGUAAAUAAUACAGUAAAAUGGUUUGGAUGGAAAGUAC